AUGCCUUUUCUGCUCGAUCCAUCAACAGUCGUCGUCCUUUACACCAUGACGAUGAUGCAACAUGUCCCCCAUGUGACUGUAAGGAUGGGGAUAGGCGUGGAAACGACUUCGUGGAUUGAUGAUAAUGUAGCCCGAAGGUUUUGGAACUGCAAAAAUUCCUUGAAAGACGAUGAACUGGAGGAGGGGUAUUACAAAGACCAACUUCAUAAGAUGAGGUUUAAGUUACGAAGAACGGAAGACCACAGUGAGAUUGCCAAGGAACAAAAGAAAUUGGUUAAGUUGCAGAAAGAAAGGGAAGCUGAGAAGGAAGCUUGUAACAGGGAGUUGAUGGAGGUGAAGAAGAAAAACAGUCUGAUGAAGUCUUACCUAGGAACUGCUAAGUGUUUGAUCCUAUUCUUGGUCAUUGGGAUGUGGUUGAAAUGUGCUUGA